UUCAGUUCUGGCACCUGUCCAAGAUGCAUCUUCAGAUUCUGUGGUGUGGAUCUUCCCGCACCUUACAAACACCCAUCCAAGAUGAAGCGACUGAAACCCAGAGAGGUUAAGCAGUCCUGCCCAAAGUUAAACAGCUUUUAAAUGAGGAAACUAUGAAUUAAACAGUGUGUCUGAAUCCAAAGCCUAGAAUUUGGAGCUAGAAGAUGUGGAUUUGAAUCUCAGUUCCACCACUGUUCAGCUUCAGUUUACUACUGUGUACAUGGAUAUGGUGACUCCUACCUCACGGGAUUUUAAGGGAUGUUAUCAAUUAUUAAGAGUUGCUCAAAGAGCUACAAAAAUUUCUAGAACCAGAAAAACCGGAAUUAAUUUUAGAAGCUCCAAACCCACCAUUGAAGAAAAUUCGUCUACAUGAAGAUGGGAUUGAUAAUUUGAGUGAAGAUGGAAAGGAUGGAGUCUCUGUUAUUGAAGACGAAAGCAUGGCUGAGAAGCCUUCAAAGCUGAGAGUGUGCAAUGUUUGCUUAGGAAUUCUUCAGGAAUUCUGUGAGAAGGGGUUUAUUACGAAGGUGUGCCAAAAGGUUGAAGCCUCUGGGUUUGAAUUCACCAGCAUGGUUUUAUCUGUCUCCUUCCCACCGCAGCAGUCUGUGAGAGAGCAUGCUGCAUGGUUGCUGGUAAAACAGGAAAUGGGAAAGCAGAGUCUGUCCCUGGGAAGAAAUGAUGUAGUCCAGCUGAAAGAAGCCUACAAGUGGAUAACUCACCCCCUGUUUUCAGAGGAGCUGGGCGUUCCCACUGAUGGAAAGAGCUUGUUUGAAGUGAGUGUGGUCUUUGCUCAUCCAGAAACAGCUGAAGAUUGCCAUUUCCUAGGUGAAGUUUGCCCAGAUUGUUUCAAGCCAGCUAAAAAUAAACAGUCGGUAUUUACCAGAAUGGCAGUUUUGAAAGCUUUGAAUAAGAUAAAAGAAGAAGACUUCCUCGUGCAAUUUCCUUGUCUCCCAAACUCACCGAAGACUGUAUGCACUGUCCUUGAAGUUGAGUGCACUCAUGGUGCUAUUUUUGUCGCUGGCAGAUAUAAUAAAUACUCCAGGAAUCUACCACAAACUCCUUGGAUAAUUGAUGGAGAAAGGAAAAUGGAAUCUUCCGUGGAAGAAUUAAUUUCAGAUCAUCUGCUGGCAGUAUUCAAAGCAGAGAGUUUUAAUUUCUCAUCCUCGGGACGAGAAGACGUAGACGUGAGAACAUUAGGAAAUGGAAGGCCCUUUGCAGUUGAGCUUCUGAAUCCUCAUCGAGUGCAUUUCACCUCACAAGAAAUGAAGGAGCUCCAGCAGACAAUUAAUAAAUCGUCUGACAAAAUCCAGGUCCGUGACUUGCAGCUUGUCACCAGGGAAGCAAUAGGGCAUAUGAAGGAAGGUGAGGAAGAAAAGACUAAGACCUACAGUGCCUUGAUAUGGACGAAUAGAGCUAUCCAGAAGAAGGACAUUGGGUUCCUGGAUGACUUAAAGGACUUAAAGAUUGCCCAGAAAACACCUCUCCGAGUCCUUCACCGAAGGCCUUUGGCUGUGAGAACUCGGGCCAUUCACUCUAUGAAGACACACUACCUGGAUGAGCAUCAUUUUCGUCUGCAUUUGAAGACCCAAGCUGGAACUAGUUGGUAUUGCAUAAUCUUUUCCUUAAAGAGACCUAGCUACAUUAAAGAAUUUGUACAUGGAGACUUUGGGAGAACCAAACCAAACCUUGGCUCUUUGAUGAGCAUGACCGCAGACAUCCUUGAGCUGGAUGUGGAGUCUGUAGAUGUUGACUGGCCGCCUGCUCUGGAUGACUAGCUCCCACGUGUGAACACAAAAGGCUUUCCUGGCAUGAUGUGGACAUACAGGCAGCAUAUCCUGGAAAAUGACUGCUUACCCACCAACACGGUGUCUUCAAAACCACUUGGAUCAUGUUGAUCUGUUCCUAAAGUUCACUGUAACAUCUCAGGAUCUAUUUGUACGCAUAUUUUGUUUUGUGUUGUGUUGUUCUAAGAAUGUCUUACGUUUUCUCAUUCCCUGUCUCAUGAUCACAAAACCAAAAUAGGAGGAAUCAAACCAUUUUCCUUCUAAAGUCUGUUACUUAGAGAGAUAUGUAAUGGGAGGCACUGUCAGUCAGGAGAGCUGGGACUUCUAGCAUAAUCUCCUACAGGAGACGACACCUUUAAAGUAAUUUGCUAAAGCUUGCAGAUCAUCUGAAUAAAUGUUACAACUAGACUCAUGUAGAAGAGUGUCCUAUAAUAUUCCAAUAUGUCAAACGUAAAUCUGAUUCUAAUAUUUUCCAGUUACUCUCAAACAAGCUUCUAUUAUCAAUAGAAGUUCUUUAAGGAAUGAUUUGUCAUAGUCCUUAUGACCUCAAGUUACUAUUUUGACAAUCGAAAAUUGUCAGUAUGUGUCUCCUGCAAAGGCAAGUGACACCUUACCACUGGAGGCGUACUCUAGACACUGCCUACCUCUUUUGUCUUUUAUGUAAAGAGAAACAAGUGCCUUCAUUAACUUUUGUCCCAGAGUUACAAAUUUGAAAAUUCGAUAAUGCUAAACAAAUACAAACAUAUUUCGAUGUUUCAAUUAUUUUCCAAUUUCAAAUGUUUUCUAAUUUCAAGUGGUCUAUCUAACAUCUAAUUACAUAAACAAGGAAACAAAAGUUAAAUGACACACCUAGUUACUCUUGUAACAGGUCUGGAGCUGAUGUUGUGUCUCCAGGGGCCUUUCUAAAACCCUUGUAAGGAGGAGCACCUGCAUCUCCGGUGGAUGACAGUGCCCUCAGGAAGGACAGUUAGGCUUACAAAGCCAGGAGGUCGGCUUCUGGAACUUGGAUAUCAAGUGGCGCCCCCAAGAAAUGGCUAAUGGUAUGUCUUAUAUGAUCUCAUAAUUGUCACUUGUAAUGGCAUGGUGAAGAGAAAUCUUAAACAUAUUGAACCAGAAGAAUUAAUCAUCAAAAAUACCAGAAGGGAAGCUCAAUAAAAUUUUGACUUAAGUAAAAUUUUCGUCAGCUAGUGCAACUUCUUGACUUUUUUUGAUGCAUUGAUUUGAAUAGCAUUUGAUUAUUCACAUUUCUCAUCUUUGCACACAAUUCAUACUGACUCUGAAAGAUGGAUUAUGUCAGGAAGAUGUUUUUGAUUGAGAUGAAAGGGCAGCCUGCUCCUUUGAAACCUUGUUUCAUCAUGUGUGAAUAAUAGCAAAGGGUUUUUCAUUGUCAGAAAAUUGAAAAGGAGAUAACAGAAACUAACUGAUAAAAAGUGAAAAGUUAGACUUCUGUGUAGUGUUUCUCAGCUUCUGAUGAAAUUUUGCUAAAAGAUUAAAUAAUUUGGGAAAAGUCUUUGAGCAUUUUUUUUUAGCUUAGUUUUGAAUGUACUGGACCCAAAACCUGAAGGUCAGGAACUUCCAGCAAAGCAUUCCUUGAAUUAUUUCCUGUUGAAAGGUAAACAGUAGCUAUAGACAAUGUCUUUGGGACAUGAGGACACAGGGCUAGGAAGUCUUGUGGGUUUGCUUCCCUUGGCUUACAGUGUAUCCUCUUCUACAUGCUUUGUUUAAAUUAGAAGCAAUGUUUAUGUCGUUUGCAGAAUGAGCUCUCUGUUCUUAUCUAUGUUGCAGAUAUAAUCUGUAGCUUAUUUUCAGAAGAAAAAACAAAAAACACCCAAUUCUGGAGAGCUAGAGAAAGCAAGGAAAAAAAAAAAGAAUUGAUAAAGGAGAAUAAUCUUCCUAGUAAGAUAACUGGUUACCUUUGCAAGUUAGAUGAAGUGACUUAACAAGUUAAAUUUCUAUUUCCUAAAAGACAACAAGCAUUUUCUUUCACUUGGUGCUGUAUUCUUUGUUUUUAAAUUUAUUUUUGCCAGUCUCAUACAUGAAUAUAACACAGUGGUCACACUUACCCAGUCCUUUUUCUAUAUUAUUUCCAAGACAGGGUUUCUCUGUAGUCCUGGUUGUCCUAGAGCUCACAAGUUUCUGCCUUCCUCCAAGGCACUGGGAUUCAUGGCCUGUACCAGCACACUGACCCCUACUU